GCCCUUCACAUUCACUGCUCCCAGGUGGGGUACUGACGACCUCUGGAAACAGCUACCGCUGCUCUCGCCAGAAGGAAAUUUGAACCCAAAUCCACUCACAGCUGGCAUCGGGACAGCAGCAAACUGAUAGCCACAUCUCACAUGCUGCUACGGAUGUAAAUAUGGCUACAAAGUAACGCAUUUAUUAGUGACAGGAGUGAAGGAACCUGUAUGGUUUAUGGUUUAAAGGAACACACAGAAACAGGCCGGGGCUACUUCAACAAAUACGGAGAAUGGGUUCCACAUGACAAAGAGUCGAGAGUCCAGAACAAGUGCGAUGGAGAGGGUCAAACUGGAGGUACUUCCGAACCAGACUCAGCCGCCAAUCCAUUCCUCAGACUGCAGACAUGACGUCCAAAGCCAGUAUAUUGCAUAGCAGGAACAGGAAAUAUCAGCUCAGCUCCCAGCCUCUGCUUGACAUAACGCACCUUUUCCCAAUCCCUCUGCAUCCUUUCUCUCAACCCAUUUGCGAUACGGGGGAAGGAUGAAUAUGUAUAUCCACGGCAUGCUGCUACUGCUGUUGGCCUUUAUUCUGUACUCAUCUGCCUACGGACCAAACAAGAGAGCUCAGAAGAAAGGAGAUAUAAUUCUUGGUGGUUUGUUUCCCAUUCAUUUUGGAGUGGCUUCUAUGGAUGAAGAUUUGGAAUCAAGGCCAGAGUCCCUUGAAUGUGUCAGAUACAAUUUCCGUGGUUUUCGUUGGUUGCAAGCCAUGAUCUUUGCCAUUGAAGAAAUAAACAAUUCCAACUCUCUUCUGCCGAAUAUUACCCUGGGGUAUAGGAUAUUCGACACAUGUAAUACCGUCUCCAAAGCUCUGGAGGCCACGCUCAGUUUUGUGGCCCAGAAUAAGAUCGACUCGUUAAACCUGGACGAUUUCUGUAACUGUUCAGAACACAUGCCGUCUACCAUCGCUGUGGUGGGCGCAACGGGAUCAGGUAUCUCCACAGCUGUGGCCAACUUGCUAGGACUGUUUCACAUACCCCAGGUUAGCUACGCCUCGUCCAGCCGUCUUCUCAGCAACAAGAACCAGUAUAAGUCUUUCUUGCGUACCAUGCCCAAUGAUGAGCAUCAAGCUACGGCCAUGGCUGACAUCAUUGAGUAUUUUGGCUGGAACUGGGUGGGAACUAUUGCUGCUGAUGAUGACUAUGGGCGACCAGGAAUUGAGAAAUUUCGUGAAGAGGCUGAGGAACGAGACAUCUGUAUAGAUUUCAGUGAACUCAUCUCUCAGUACACAGAAAUGGAGGAAAUAGAAAAAGUGGUGGAUGUUAUACAAAAUUCUACAGCCAAGGUCAUAGUUGUCUUCUCCAGUGGGCCUGACCUUGAACCACUGAUCAAGAGGAUUGUUCAGCGCAACAUCACAGGGCGUAUUUGGUUGGCUAGUGAGGCUUGGGCCAGCUCUUCGCUGAUAGCCAUUCCAGAAUAUUUCCAUGUAAUUGGAGGAACUAUUGGCUUUGCACUAAGAGCAGGACAGAUUCCUGGUUUCCGGGAAUUUCUUCACAAUGUUCAUCCCAGGAUGUCCAAUGCGAAUGGCUUUCUUAAAGAGUUUUGGGAAGAGACCUUUAAUUGUUACUUGCCUACAACAACAAAGAACCCUUCGUUUUCAUCUCCUUUUUUGAGUAAUCCUGAGGAUUCCAACAGAGGUGGCAAUGGUUCUUUUUUUCGACCCCCAUGCACUGGCCAGGAAAACAUUACAAGUGUUGAGACCCCGUACCUGGAUUUUACUCAUUUGCGGAUAUCCUACAAUGUGUAUCUUGCAGUGUACUCUAUUGCUCAUGCUCUGCAAGAUAUAUAUACGUGCACUCCAGGGAAAGGACUCUUUACAAAUGGUUCCUGUGCAGAUAUUAAAAAAGUGGAAGCCUGGCAGGUUCUGAAACACCUGCGGCACCUCAAUUUCACCAAUAACAUGGGGGAACAAGUGGACUUCAAUGACUUUGGAGACCUUGUGGGAAACUACACAAUUAUCAAUUGGCACUUGUCAGCUGAAGAUGGCUCGGUGAUAUUUGAAGACAUUGGCCACUAUAAUGUCUAUGCCAAAAUGGGCGAACGGCUAUUCAUCAAUGAAAGCAAGAUGCUGUGGAGUGGAUUCUCUCAAGAGGUCCCCUUUUCAAACUGCAGCAUAAUCUGCCACAAAGGUACCCGAAAGGGGAUCAUUGAAGGGGAGCCGACGUGCUGCUUCGAAUGCGUUGACUGUCCCGAUGGCGAAUACGCAGAUGAGACAGAUGCCAGUGCAUGUGAAAAAUGUCCCGUCGACUCCUGGUCCAGCAAAAACCACACAGUCUGCAUCGCAAAGCAAAUCGAGUUUUUGUCUUGGACAGAACCCUUUGGAAUAGCUCUCACUUUGUUUGCUGUCUUGGGGAUCUGCCUAACAUCAUUUGUUCUUUGUGUCUUCAUCAAAUUCCGCAACACUCCCAUCGUGAAGGCCACAAACCGAGCGCUAUCAUAUCUUCUAUUGUUCUCGUUGCUUUGUUGUUUCUCCAGCUCUUUGUUUUUUAUUGGAGAGCCAGAGGAUUGGACAUGCCGGUUGAGACAACCAGCUUUCGGCAUCAGCUUUGUUCUUUGCAUCUCCUGCAUUCUUGUGAAGACCAACCACAUACUACUUGUCUUUGAAGCAAAGAUUCCUACCAGCUUUCAGCGGAAGUGGUGGGGUGUUAAUCUUCAAUUUCUCUUGGUAUUUCUGUGUACUUUCGUGCAAGUAGUGACUUGCAUUAUAUGGCUGUACACAGCGCCUCCGCAAAGCUACAAGAAUAUAGAAUUGGAUGAUGAAAUCAUAUUUAUAACAUGUAAUGAAGGGUCCUUGAUGGCUCUGGGGUUCCUAAUUGGCUAUACUUGUCUUCUGGCUGCUAUAUGCUUUUUCUUCGCUUUCAAGGCCAGAAAGUUACCAGAGAACUUUAAUGAAGCCAAGUUCAUUACAUUUAGCAUGCUUAUAUUCUUUAUUGUCUGGAUAUCAUUCAUUCCUGCUUACGCAAGUACGUAUGGGAAAUUUGUAUCUGCAGUUGAGGUCAUUGCAAUCUUGGCUUCGAGCUUUGGGUUGUUAGCUUGCAUCUUCUUCAACAAAGUCUACAUCAUUUUGUUUAAGCCUUCCAGAAACACCAUUGAAGAGGUCCGCUGCAGCACUGUAGCUCAUGCUUUUAAAGUGGCAGCCAGGGCGACUUUGAGACGAAGUAAUGUGUCUCAUAAGAAGUCCAACAGCCUGGGUGGCUCAACAGGUUCAACACCUUCAUCAUCAAUCAGUAACAAGAGCACCCAUGAGGAACAAUUGUCUGAUGGAGAUCGAGUUCGCUCUUGCAAGCAGAAAGUAAGCUUUGGAAGUGGAACAGUUACCUUGUCUCUAAGUUAUGAUGAACCCCAAAAGAAUGCAAUUUCCAACAAAACCACAAGGCCUAACAAUUCCCUGGAGGCUAAAACGAGUGAUGAUAGCCUAAUGAGGCAAAGAGCCUUACUGCAACUGCAGAACAGUGAUGGAGGAAGUGAGUCAAGCUUCAGAACCGUCUCCAAUAUUGAUGAAACAGGAUCACAGGAGUCAGUCAACCAAUCAGAUUCUGAUAACCAAAGCACGGAAUCACAAGCACAGAUAGACAAUUUAAAGAAUACUGUUGAUGGAGCCAUUACAGACAAUAUGAUUAACUCUUAGUAAGUUAAAUUCCAUGUACUAUUUGAAGGUUACACUCCGUACAUUCAUGUCCAUGGACCAUAUGAUAGACCUUAACACUUGGUAGGUUAAAUUCCAUGUACCUAGUACUCAAAUGGAAGAAGGGAAAAUAAACAAAAGACUCUUUAUACUAAAUUCAUGGAUGUUUGGAGGGAAGGACAUUGGAUGAAAUCCAACACAAUAACAAAGGAAGAUGCUUACACAAACAACAUGUUGCGAUGGGUACCUUACAAAAUUGGUUCCAAUAAUCACCGGACUUUACCAAGUUGACCGGGCAUUCAUGUAUAUUAUACUUAUUUAAACAUUUAGAACUAAAAACUGUUGACCUUUCAUCACUCAAUGGUGGGUUUUGUUUAAAGAGCAGUUCUAAGUCUUUAUAACAAUAAAAAAAGCAGUAGGUACAAUCCAUUGGUUUUCACAGAAUUUGCUUCACUUCCAUAACAUUACCCUAGAAUGUCUGCUUCUAUAGCAUACAACCCCAAUAUACCAGUAUACAUAUUAACUUUAUUGGUAAAAAAAAAACAGCUUUUAGCCUGCAUGGGUUGUAACUACUGUGUUGUCUG